AUGCAACGCUACAACCCACCGACGACAUCUGCACAGACCUACUGUCACGGAUGUCAACGACAAAUUCGCAAGGUUCAGGAGAUGAUGGACAAUAAGUACUUGACGAACAUCGAGUAUCAAGUGGAUAAGAACACAAUGCAGCGUCAGAUCGAAGCUUUGCAAAGACAACUGGAAUUGGAGAGACUUCAGGCUGGCACAAUGAGAGCUUUGCUCAAGAGAACCACUCCAGAUGAGAAGGUGCAAGAGUUGGUGGAGAUCAACAAAAAGUUGACGGAGUCUCUUCAGAAAGAAGUCAAGAAUCUGGAGCAGUACCCAUUGGAAGAGUGGUAUAACGCUAUCCAGCAGAAGUGGACAGAGAAGUAUCAAAACUGUCAUGACUACGCAAUGGAGAAGAAGGAGGAGAUGUUGAUCUACAAGGAGGAUGCAGAGAAAACUCACGAGGAUGUUCAGUGGUACAGAAGAGAGUUGGCCAAGGCGAACAAGAUGUUGAUGAAGAACGAGCAGGAGAUUGCGGCGUUGAAGAGGGGAGCGGACAAGGAGAACGUUGAGAAUGGAGCUGUGGAGAAGAAGGACGACGUCAAGGAAACCUCCGGUCGUUUGAUGCAGAUCGCACAGGGCAGCAAGAGAUCGUCGGAUGUCUAA